AUGAGCACUCAAACUCAGGGGAUAAAGAGUCCUCCUUUAAGGGGGUAUCGACGAAGGAAGACGGUGCUGGACUUAAAUGCUCCUCCAACUGAAGGGAGGGAUGACGAAGGGACUUCAAGCCGCCCUGAACCUCAAGGAGUGCAAGCAAGCCAACAAGGACAAUCUUUGCCACCUCAUACUGUUGAUGUUGAUGCUUUUGAUGAUGAUGUCAUUGAAUCGUCACCAACAGCAUUUGCCGAGGCUAAGAACAAUGCUCGAAGAACUCGAGGAAGGGCUGUUGUAGUUGAUGUAGAGUCAGGGCGAACAAGUAGAUUGACUCACAAUAACCGCAACAAGCGUAGAAGAGUUCCACCAAACCAAACAAUUAUCAAUUGUGAUCUUUACAUCAAUUUGGAAGGCAGCAGUAGCAGCAGUUCUACGACCUUGCCGUCAACGGAGCCAACCUUGCCGACAAAGGAGCCAACCUUCAACUGUCCGAUUUGCUUGGGUCCAUUGGCUGAGGAGGUGUCAACAAAAUGCGGACACAUUUUCUGCAAGACUUGCAUCUCAGAUGCAAUCAAAAGACAGGCUAAAUGCCCUACUUGUAGAAAAAGAAUCACUACUAAAGAACUUAUUAGAGUGUUCCUGCCAGCAACCAGUUGA